GCAAGAGCCCGACUUUGCCAAAGCAAGCGGAACACAGGACUGGAGUGUACCACUGGGCGGAGAUGCGGACCAAGAUGAGCAUCAUGGGUUUCCAUGCUGAGGCCAUCAAGCCUCUGAAUGAGGAGGCGGCUGCUGAGCUGGGCGCAAACCUGCUGGGCGAGGCCAUCAUCUUCGCCUGUGCUGGCAGCUGCCUGCUGCUGGAAUUCUGGCGCCAGCAGUCAUUAAAACACCGCAAGGAAGUGGAGCGCACAGCCUCACUGCAGUCGCUAAGGGCAGACAUGGACCGCCUGGAGCAGGCACUGGACGAGCUGCAGGUUCAGGCGGCACUGUCCACCACCGCGCUGGACGAGCUGCGGGCGGAGUUUCGGACUGAGCUGCAGGAGCUCAGAACCCAUGUAUCUGCUAGGAGCCCGAGCCCGAGCCCAAACCCCAACACUCCCCAAUGCUCCUGAGGAAUAGAGGCCACAGGACUCUGGCCUUGGACCUGGACUGCUGUCUGGGCUUGUCUCGUGACCGGCCCAUCCCGAACUGGGCCAGCUGACAUACCCUGGUCUCCGGGGACAAAUCCUAGGCUGGAAGUGUUCCUUUCCACGGGGUCUCUCACCCCCUGGUGACACAUGCCAGGGACUCAUCUCCCCAACCCCAAACCAUCAGCGCCUGAGUGCCCUACUUGGAAAGGGCAGGCACAGUGUGCUGGGGAGCCGCCUAAGAACCC